UAGUGUUGGUAAAGGUGUCGGUCUAGUGUCGGUGGGUUAGCUCCCGAACACACACAGUUCUUAAGGGGACGUUAGCCGCGUCGCACAGACCUCUCUCUCUCUCUCUCUCUCUGUGCUGUUGUUGGCUGAUCAUUUUUUUUGUUUCAUUCUCUUAUACAAUUAAGAAUUUAAAAAGGCAGGACUUGUAUCAGAAUCCUUGUGGCUCUAUUUCAUUUUCAAUUAGAUCCAGUGUAAUAGUGUCAAUUGAUUGAAAUUGGGAAUCCUUUUUGUUUAUUUAAAAAAAGAAAAAAAAACGCGCCAAUUUUCGAAUUGCGGAAAUCCCUCCAUUUCAAUUCGAGUUUCCUAAUUUAGUGGCACGUUUGCCGGAAGUGAUUAUUGUCCGCUUCGGAAUUCAAAAAAAAAAAAAAAAAAGGGAGUCCCUUGUCUUUGUGAUAUGGUGUUGUGUGGGGGCGGAUCAUGUCUCCGCAGCUCGGGCCGACCACUCUCAUUUCACUUGCCCGGCACUGGCACGUCCUCUUGCUCAUCUCACUCAUCACGCCCAUCGGACCGACCGGCAGGUCGGUGAUGGCUUUGAGCGCUGAUUUGAUUUGCGGUAAGAUACACGGAUUGACGGCCAAACAGCGGCUGCUGUGCGCCGCCAAGCCGGACGCCAUGGUGGCCAUCAGCAACGGAGCCAAGCUGGGACUAGCCGAGUGUCAGGAGCAAUUCAAGUACCACCGAUGGAAUUGCACGGCCAUCGGCAGCCGCAAUGGAUUCGGUCACGUCGUCGUCGUCGGAAGCCGCGAAGCAGCUUAUCUGUAUGCAGUGUGGAGCUCUGGUUUGACUUACGCUAUCGCGCAGGCGUGCAGCCAGGGAGCUAUCAGCUCUUGCGGUUGCGAUCCGACCAAACGAGGCGGUAAAGAGUUGGUCAGGUCUUUGCAUCGGUCACGGGCUCACAACGCCGCCACAGCCAACGGUAAUGGCGGCGGGGGUAACGGCGGCGGCAAUGGCAAUCCAGCCUCGCCAAACGGAUGGAAAUGGGGCGGCUGUUCGGCUGACGUCCGAUCGGGUGCGUCGCUGGCUAAACGAUUCGCCGACUCGAGAGAAACCGAAGGAGACGCAAGGAGCUUGAUGAAUUUGCAUAAUAACAAAGCCGGUAGAAAAAUGGUCAAAUCAAUGUUGAAGAAGGAAUGCAAAUGUCACGGAGUCAGUGGCAGCUGUUCGCUCAAAACGUGCUGGGAAAAAUUGCCGGCAUUCAGAGACAUUGGUGAUGCUCUGAUGAAACGGUACCGUGAAGCCAAGGCCGUUGUCGCCAAAGAGAGUCGCAGCGGUAACAAUAGCAAGCCACGUAAAUCGUUAACGUUACAGCUGCGUAGGAAGCCACGUAACAAGCUCCGUAUCUCGGAGCUGGUCUUUUUGCAGCCUUCACCCAACUACUGUGAGGCAGACCCAACGACGGGGUCAUUGGGUGUCGUGGGCAGGAGGUGUAAUCGAACCUCAGCAGGUGCUGAUGGCUGUAACCUGCUCUGCUGUGGACGGGGAUACAACACCCACCAGUUCAACCACGUCUCUCACCAGUGCAACUGCAAAUUCCAUUGGUGCUGCGAGGUCAAAUGCCAGACCUGCACAAUCAAAAGUGAAGAGUACACCUGCAAAUAAAUAUGUUGAUUCAAAAUUAAUUAGGUUAUACUGAAGGACAGAUUUAAUGAAAUUGAUUUUUAAAAAGGAGCCACUAGCUCGGGACUAACUGCUAAUAACACAAAUUUAGAUUUAGGUUGUUAUUAAUGCCUAUAAAAAUGAGAGGCCCAAUUCCAAGUCGUUUAAUAUGUAUCCAAAAUGUAGCUCAUCGCUGACCUCUUUUAAAGAAAAUCUCCAGUGUUAUUAUUCAAAAGUGCUUCAUCAUUGCAUUCGAUUCGGACAUGCCAUUUCGGAACGUGCCGAUCAAUUUGACGUGCAGUGGGCGGAGUACAAGAGUUGAGAAUCAUUUCCCAUUGUUUUCACUGGUCACCCCGUAUCGCCAUUGCUGCAUUUUGAAAAGAUUGUAUUCUCUCUUUUUUUUUUUUUUCAUGACUAGAAAACAAUAACAAAUAACGUUUGCCAUGGCGGGAGCAGACGAAAUAUAUCUUCCAACGCCAUGUAGCGGCCACAGCUGCAACUGUUUUUAUUCAACAAAUGUUUUCCUCCUGUGGAUUAGCAACGAAGAAGAAAGAUAACGAGUCCAUGACUCCUCAAAAAGUGGAAUGCAAUAGGCAAGACCACGUUGUUUUUAUUAUUACAUAUGGGUUAAUACUGAGUGUAUUUCUUUUUGUUCUUAUAUGAGAAGAGGUGUACAAUUUGUGUUCUCUUUUUUUGUUUGUCAGAUGGCGAGGAAUUGAAGUGAUGAUGUCACCAAUAUCAUUUGUAAUGUAAUAAGUUUUGUUUUUAUCUUUUUUUGUUGUGUUGUGUUUCUUUCGACUCAUCUGUAAUGUUGGAGACAAUGGAAAAAAAUAACUGAAUCAAAAAUCAA